AUGACUGUCGUCAAAAAGACUGAAUACCAACGACCAGUAGACCGAGGUUGGGCAUGGGUUGUUAUGUGUGGUAAGUUUCUAUUCCUAAAUGUUGGUAUCUCCAAAUCUUUUGGACUGUUCUUUAUCCAGUUCAUAAUAGUUUACAAGACAAACGCUUCGCUGAUAUCAGGAGUUAUAGCUUUGCAGACGGCAAUGUUCAGCCUUUCGUCAUUGUUCAUACUUUCUUCGGGAACAAGGUUACUUGGCCCACGAAAGUUAGUCAUGAUUGGUUCAAUGUUUGUUCCUGCUGGAUAUCUACUGAAUGCGUUUGCACCAGACGUAGCAUUUCUGAUUCUGUCCCAAAGUGUCUUGUUUGGUACUGGAUGUGCACUAACUUUAGGUCCUGGAUUAGUUGUUCUGUCUUCAUAUUUCGAUAAAAGGCAUGGCUUUGCAAAUACUAUUUCAAACAUAGGAGCAAGCAUUGGCAGUUUGGUAUUUCCGAAGAUAAUACAAGUAUUGAUAGAUGUGUAUGGAUUACAAGGCGCCUUGAUUUUUGUAUCAGGUAUUCUGUUUCACAAUUUGAUUGUUGCAAUGCUUUUGCGUCCAUUGCCACCAUUAGUAGAGACUGCCGGGUCGAUAGAGGGAAAUAUCGAAAAAGAAGAACUUCUUAAAUAUACCAAAAAAGAAGCUGAGCUUAGUCAGUCGGUCCAUUCAAAAUCAGUAAAAGAGAAUAAACAUUCAAAUGGGGAUGUCAAAGACCUCGGUUUCGGACCAAAUCAAAAUAUAUCUUCUUCCGUCGAAGAGAAAAGUUCGCAAAUUUUUAACGACAAAGAAGACGAAAACUUAAAGCAACUGAAGGAGACUAUUGGUAUAUCUUACAACGAAAAGAAACUGAGUAUGACCAAGGAACUUUGUCGAAGCUCACUGGACUUGUAUACCAGUACGGGAAGCAUUUCAUGUUCUAUACACAACUUAAGCAUAAAUGAGAAAGUUUGUGUCUCUAGUUGCUCACAGUCAAAGGCAACAUGUUUUACAAAGACAUUAUUAACAAGUUUGAUUGAUUUCAAACUUUUAAAAAACCAUAAACUUCAACUCGUAUUAUUUGUAGCAUACUUUUGUAUUUUCAGUUGUGGCUUGACCAUUACAUACAUUCCUCCGUUUGCUCGUGAAAACAACAUUUCAGACGAAGAAAUAGCUAUCAUUGUUAUGCUUUUUGGAGCAUGUGAUGUUGUGGCUAGAUUCUCAAUUGCUUGGAUUUCAGAUUCUAAGAAAAUCAAAAGAACGAACAUUUUAGGAAUUACAUUAUUAAUAACUGGUACCGUAACUAUGUUCAACAAUUUCUUUACUAAUUUUACUAGUUUUGCAAUGUUUUGCGUUGUCAACGGACUGUUUGGUUCUAUUUACUUUCCAUUUGUUCCUUUAUUAUUGGUAGACAGUGUCGGUGCCGAUAAUUUACCUUCUGCACUUUCUUUAUUGAUACUUGUGCACGGUAUAUCAAUAUCGAUCAUGGCACCAUUAAUGGGUUAUAUACGAGAUAGUACGGGAUCUUAUAAUGUAACAUUCUACGUCAUUGGGUGUGGGAUGAUUAUCGGAGCAUUAGCAUUGUUUUGUGAUUCUUGGGUCAUGAAAUUAGAGAAAAAAAGAUUACAAAAGAACAGAGAAGUUGAUAGCCAGGUUGAAGAACAGAAAUCUCAGAAAAACGAUAUGGGCGAAGAGGAAGUGGUGUUCGUCAAUGGAGAAUCAACAAAUUAA